AUGGGUGAGUUUUCUGGAGACUGUAUUGACCCUCUGAAUUUGAAACGGGACAGUCUUGUAAGGGAAGAAAGGGAACUAGUCAGCAUGGAUUAUGCCCAGUUUACACCAAGCUGCCCAGCCAUCCACCCUCGCUGCCGCUGGGACGCGGCACCCUACAGGGGCAAGCCCAACCCGCUGCAGCUGCCGCUCGCAAACCUGUUCGUGCAUCACACGUACAACCCGGGCGCGCCUUACUGCGCCCGCUACCUGCGCUCCAUGCAGCUAUUCCACCAGGUCACCCGCGGCUGGGACAACAUCAGCUACAGCUUCGUGGUGGGUUCCGACGGCUACGUGUACGAGGGCCGUGGCUGGCACUGGCUGGGCGCCCACACUCGAGGCCACAACUCCCGGGGCUUCACCGUGUCCAUCAUCAGCAGCUACAGCCAGAAGCUACCCUCGGAAAGGGCCCUGCUUGUUGUUAGCCAAGACCUCCCGCGCUGUGCCAUGCGCGCAAGCCUCCUGCGCCCCGACUACGCUCUACUGGGCCACCGCCAGCUGGUGCCCACCGAGUGCCCAGGGGAAGCUCUGUUCCAGCAGAUUCGCUCCUGGCCACACUUCUCUGAAACCUUGAGACGGUGAAUGCCGCAGAUCUGAGCCGCUGUGACCGAUCCCCGUUGUUCCUUAUCUGAGACCACCCCAGUGACCCCCCGAAGUGCAGGGCUGCAGACAUGGGACAGGGGACUGGACUCUCCUUCCAGGUGGCCCCAUGCCCAGCACCGCUCCCAGACGGUUCAGGGAGCCCUGCCAGGAGUGGGCCCUGAGCCCUUGCUGGGUGUAACCCCAAAUAAAGAAAUGAAAUAA